AUGCCCUUUGCCGCCGCCGAGCUUCCCUACGCGACCGACGCCCUCGCCGCGAAGGGCCUCUCCAAGGAGCAGGUCGAGUUCCACUACGAGAAGCAUCACAAGGGCUACGCCGUCAAGCUGAACGCCGCGGCGGAGACCAACCCGGAGCUCGCGAGGCUCUCCGUCGUCGAGGUGGUACGGACGAUGAAAGGGCCGAUCUUCAACUCUGCCGGGCAGCUCUUCAACCACGACUUCUACUGGCGUUCCUUAAGCCCGAAUGGCGGUGGGGAGCCCACGGGGGCUCUUGCCGCCGCCCUCGCCGCCGAUUUUGGCAGCGUGGCGGCCUUUAAAGCGGCCUUCACGGCGGCCGCAGGGGGGCAUUUCGGGUCGGGAUGGGCCUGGCUCGUCCACGACGCCGCGAGCGGGACGCUGAAGGUCUACCAAACCCACGACGCGGGCUGCCCGCUCACGGAGCCCGGGCUCACCCCUCUCCUCGCCUGCGAUGUGUGGGAGCACGCGUACUACAUCGACUACCGCAACGACCGGCCGCGCUACGUGGAGGCGUGGUGGGGGCUCGUGAACUGGGAGUGGGCGGCGGCCCAGUAUGAGAAGGUGCGGGCCUAG